AUGACAGAACUCCGCACACAAAAGAAAAGCCUCCAAUCACACAUCACCAAACUCGAAGAUGAACUUGCAGAAAGUAGAGCUGAUAAUGAUGAAUUGAUGGUGCGGUGGUUGAGAGGGGGGAUGGUGGAGGAGAGGGAAAGGUUGGUUGGGGAGAAGGAACAAUUGGUUAGGGAGAAGGAGAAAUUGGUUGGGGAGAAGGAACAAUUGGUUAGGGGGAAGGAGAAGUUGGUUGGGGAGAAGGAAGCAUUGAUUGCUGAGAAAGAACGAUUAGGUCUCGAAAAACAGGAACUCGAAAUUUCUCUCUAUCAAGCUGAAAACGAAAAAUCAGAAGCCAAGAAGUCUGCUCAAAAGUAUGAGACAAUAAACAUAACCCUAUCCAAAGAACUCAAAGCACGAGGAAAGAAAUUCUCAGCUCAAAAAGAAGAAUGGAGAAAACAAAAACAGGAAUUCAUUGCUCAAAAAUCAGAAUGGGAAACCAAAAAAACUGAAUUCGAAGCACAGAAAGAGGAAUGGGAAAGUUAUGAAGAUAAGUUGAGAAUGGUGAUUGUUUCUUUGAAUAAACAAGGUUGGGAUUUAUUGACUACGUUGUUUGCUUUUGGGAAUAGUGAUGAUGCGGUUUGGGUUAAUGAGAUGGAUGAGAGGAUUGUGGAGAUGGUGGGGAAAUCGGGACAGACGCUUGAGAUGAUUUCUGAGAGAUGUGGGGAAAUGAAGAGGGGUUUGUUGGAAGAGGUUGCUUGGGAGGGUGAGGAUGGUGAGGAUGAGCAGGAUGGUAGUGAGGAUGAACAGAUUGACAUUGAGGAUGAACAGAUUGACAUUGAGGAUGACCAGAUUGACAUUGAGGAUGACCAGACUGGUGGCGUGAAUAGAGAUGUUAUGAUGGCGGAUAGUGAGGAGGAUCUUUAG